AUGAAAGUCAACCUGGCUUUUGCACAAUUUGAUGCUGAAGGAGAUGGCACUGUAGAUGUGGAGAAUAUGCUGGAGGCUCUCAAGAAUUCCAGUGGAGCAAAUCUUCAAGGGGAGCUUAGUCAUGUAAUCAGGCAGCUGCAGGCUUGUUCCCUAGUUCCAGGUUUCAUUGACAUAUUUUCCGAAUCAAAAGAGCGCCUUGGUCUUCAUGCUUCGAUGAUACUGAGAUUCCUGCACCGGAAUCGCAUUUCUAGCACUGCUAUCCCGUACCCAGUGCUGGAGUACUUCAACAAUAUCUGUACGAUGCGCUCGUCUGUGCUGAAGGAUUCUUUAGAUCGACUUCUCCUAAAAGAGAGAGAAUACCCUAGUGACUUAAAUGGUAAUCAAGAGUCAGACAAACUGAAAUCUGUCACAAAGUGCUAUACUCACAUAGAAACCUCAUCCAACUCUGCCGAUAUCGACAAGAUGACAAAUGGAGAAACAACAUCCUUUUGGCAGUCCGAUGGGAGCGCUCGCUCGCACUGGAUACGUUUAAAGAUGAAGCCAGAUGUUGUUUUGAGACAUCUGUCUAUAGCAGUGGCAGCUAAUGACCAGAGUUAUAUGCCACAGCAAGUUACAGUGGCAGUGGGAAGGAAUGCCAGCAGUCUCCAGGAGGUCCGAGAUGUUCACAUUCCAAGCAAUAUCACUGGCUACGUAACGUUGUUGGAAAACGCUAACAUUAGUCAGAUGUAUGUACAGAUAAAUAUCAAGCGUUGCCUUAGUGAUGGGUGUGAUACAAGGAUCCAUGGACUCAGGGCAUUUGGUUAUCAAAGGGUUAAGAAGGUGGGCGUCUCAGUAUGCGAUGCUUCAGCUAUCUGGUACUGGUCUCUACUGACCUCUCUGGUAACAGCUUCCAUGGAAACAAACCCAGCAUUUGUUCACACUAUCUUACAAAAUACUCAGAAAGCACUGCAACACAUGCCACCUCUGUCCCUAACACCAGGCUCAACAGAUUUUUCAAGUUUCUUAUCUCCAAAUGUUUUGGAAGAAGUAGAUAGCUUCCUGAUAAGAAUAACAAGUUGUUGCACCACUCCCGAAGUUGAACUUACACUCUUGGCCUUCGCCUUAGCCAGAGGGAGUGUUGCUAAAGUGCUGAGUUCCCUUUGUACAAUCACUGAUCAUCUGGACACUCCAUACAAAGCUUCAUCACUUAUUGCUUCUAUGGCCACAGUUAGGCAGAACCUGCUGUAUAAAUAUGGAAAACCUUUGCGACUAACCUUGCAAGCAUGCGAUGUAAAGGGGAAAGAAGAUAAAUCAGGACCUGAAAACCUGCUUGUGGAGCCCUGGACAGGGGAUGGUUUCCUUACCGAAACUGGGAAGACCAGAGCAAGUAUCAUUCUUUCUACUGGAACUGAAUCUUCAUUUCAGGUGACACAAAUUAGAAUAAAGGUUCGAAGAGGUGCCAUUGGGGCCCAGUGUGGGCUGGUGUUUGCCUAUAAUAGUUCUUCGGAAAAAUUCCAUGCAGAGGAACAUUUCAGAAGAUUUGAAAGAUAUGAUAAAUGGAAGUUACCAGAGUUUAAGCGAUUUUUAAAAAACAGGAGCAGUUGUUCGGGUGAUGAUCUGGGAGAUGAUGAUCCCAUCGGCUGGUUUGAGGUGGAAGAAGAAUGGGAUGAGGUUGAUGUCAAAAUGCAGCAAUGCCGAGUUGCCCAAUACUUAAUGAUAAAGUUCUUGUGCACGAGGCAAGAGACUGCAGAGCGAUUGGGUGUUCAAGGCCUGAAUGUUCUUGGGUAUCUUCGGCCUAUGCGAGAGGAGCCCAGUAGGAGCAUGAACUGCUUGCAGUGCAAGAAGGUGGAUGAUGACACAGUUUGUGGCACAACUCUUCUCCUGAAGACACUUCACUUCAUCCAGCAGCUUGCCCAGGACCUGGUUCAACAGAAAGACAGUGGAUUAAAAUACAAGUCAUUUUUAGAUUUCACAGGCCUUGAUUUGCAGCUGUUCUGGAAUUUUUACAAUAAGCUUCACCAAAAUCAGCUUGUCAUUUGUUUCCUUUUUCUACGAGCAGUAGUGGACACGGGGGACAGUAACUUCAUGCCAAUGAAAAUGCUGAAACAGGAAGUUAAGAACACAUUACUCAGUGGAGCUGCAAUCUUUUUCCCAGAUAGACAAACCAGGCGUCACCAGCUCUUCACCAUGAUGAAAAACAUCACAGAACAAGAACAUAAACAAUCAGUACAUCUUGCCUUCAGGUCACUAUGCACUCACUUCAGUGAUCAAGAUCCAAGUGGACUUUUACUAUUACCAGAGAAAGGAGUUUCUGCAGAUUUUGACAUAAGUGAAGUUCUGUCAGUCAUGGACACCCUUCUGCUAGUGGCAGCAAGAGAGUGUGAAAUGAUGAUGCUGGAUGUUGCACAGCAAGAGAGUGGCACAGUUUUGUCUUCCUUGUUCUGGUCUGUUCAGGGUAGCCUCCUUUCAUGGUGCUACCUGCAACUUAAGGGUAGCGAUAAUUCAGCUAAGGAUCUUGCUGUAGAAAUACUUAAAAACUAUGUGGGCCAGUUCCUGUCAAAUGUCAGAACGAUUUUGCAGUCACUUUUAUCUCAAUAUAGUGGCAAAACAAUAGUAGAAAAAAUAAGUAACUCUGUCUUUGCUAUGGCAACUCGUCAGCUGGUGAUCUUCUUGUUGGAUUUUUGCACUUUAGACAUUCCAUACUGUACCCUGUUGCAGGGAUUCAGCACUUUGAUAGAACCACUGAAAAAACUUUGUAGUGAACCUCAUAAGAUGGAAAUGGAAAGCUGGCAGCAAGAGCAACCUGUAGUGCUGCGAACAUGGACGAUGGAAUCUCCUCACAACUAUGAGAAUAAUUGCCAUGAGGUCUCGGUCUUCCUCUGUCAUGGGGCAACUUAUUUUGAGGUGGAAUUUGAUGAAAAAUGUGAAACCGAACGGAGGUAUGAUUACUUGGAGUUUACUGAUGCCAGAGGUGCUAAAACUCGUUAUGAUACAAAGGUUGGCACUGACAAGUGGCCUAAGAAAGUGACCUUUAAGGCUGGCCCACGGCUGCAGUUUCUCUUUCACUCUGACAGCAGUAAUAAUGAGUGGGGCUACAAGUUUUCCGUCACUGCUUACGGCCUGCCAGAUGUUGCCGUGUCUUGGGGCCUGGAUUUACAGCUUCUCGUAUCGCGGCUGAUGGGGCGCUUGGCUUCCCGGAGUAUGGCACUCAAAUCUCUCCGAGAACUAGGUAGUGAAACAGAUUUGCCUCCUGUGAAAGUAACAUCAGUUCUUAAUUCUCCUUUGUGGAAACCUGUCUUCAGGCAUCAGAUGUGUCCUGAGGCAACCGUGGGAGCAAGUCGAAUCAGUGAAGAUAAAAAAGAGACUAGGAACUCACACCGAGACGACUGCCGUAACUUUCUCAUUGACUUCGCAAAAUCAGAUCCUGCCCAGGAUUUCUGUGGGCAAAAAUCUGAACUUUUCAAAGGACUUAUUCAGGCAUGUAAAAAACAGACCCCAAAGACAGAUAUAGUUGCUGGUUCUACUGUUGAUCAAGCUGUGAACUCAACAUUUGCUGCUUUGGUGUAUCUCACUCCAGAUUUAUAUGAGAAGCUUCAAAAAUAUGUCAACAGUGGAGGCAAGGUGCCUUUGAAUGAUGAGUUUGCACAAGUAUAUUCCCUGGCUGAUUCCAUUAGAAUAUGGAUGUUAGAAAUGAAGCAGAAAUCCUUGAUGGGUAGGGGAAAUGAUACUGAGGAGAAGCAGAACGUAGAAGCAAGUGAGGUGAACCCAGAAACUCUUGCAAAACUCUGCAUGCAGAAGAGCCUUUUGUUGCUGGAUUUCUUGCCUGUAAGAGCAAAGACGAAAGGUUUUGCUUCAGAUAACUUGGAAGCCCGAGAUACUGAUGAUGUCCAGCAGUAUGUCAGCAAUAAAUGCCAAAGGACAGGUUCCAUUGUGGAAACAGACUUCCAGGCAGCAGACUCUCAGUCUUCCAAUGGAGUAGCUCAUCCUGUUCCAAAGGAUGGGCACCAAAUGACAGAACCUGAUACAAAGACUAAACAAGUUCCAGACCCCCUCCAAACAGAAGAAGCAUCUGCACUUCACUGUAAGCCUGCUGAAAACGCAGUGUCACAGCAAGAGGAUGUAUCGUCACCCCCUUCCACUCCUACACGCAAGUCUCAAUUCAGCCGUGGAAGACUAAGGCUGCUGUCUUUCAGAUCAAUGGAAGAGCCAAAAGCUGUGCCUACUGUGAAAGAGAAAUAUCCCAUAUUGAAAAGCAUCUUAGACUUCAUUAAGGAUCAAUCACUUACAUAUGAAAGUGUUUUAAAGGUCCUUGCUUUGAGAAAGUCCCAAGGACAGAGUAUCAUGGAAGUGCUCAAGACAAUCCGUCAGUGCCUAGACUCACUUGGACAACCACACUGUUUCAAUCCACCCUGUGUACUUUUUCUCUUGGAACUUCUGGCCUGCCAAAAAGAUUUUACAAACUACUUUGGAAACUUGGAAGGCUGCGGUGCUGAGCUGCACAAAGAGGUUCGGGAGUCCUACUAUCAGCUGGUUUUGUUCCUGGUAAAUUCUGUGAAGGGAUUCAGUGCCAUUAAUGACAGAUCAUUGCUUCCUGCCUUAUCUUGUGUGCAAACAACUCUCCUUCAUCUUUUGGAUAUGAGUUGGGAACCAAGCGAUCUUUCCUUCUUUGUUGAGAUUCAGUUGCCGUAUCUUCUUAUGAGCACAUCACAAGAAAACAUAAGUAUUCAUGACAGUGUCAUCUGUCAAUGGAGCGAAGAAGAUGAAAUUGCAGACUACAAGCAAAACUGUGAGUGGAUGGAUGAAUGUCAGGAUGUAAUGUUUGAGACCUGGUAUGAAAAGAUAGCUCAAGCUGACCCAGAGAAGCAGAGAAAGAUGCACAUGUUUGUAGCUCGUUACUGUGACCUGUUAAAUGUGGACAUAUCCUGCGAUGGCUGUGAUGAAAUUGCACCGUGGCACCGCUACCGUUGCCUCCAGUGUAAUGACAUGGAUCUGUGUAAAACAUGUUUCCUUGGUGGAGUUAAACCUGAAGGUCAUGAGGAUGACCAUGAAAUGGUUAACAUGGAGUACGCCUGUGAUCACUGUCAAGGAGUUAUCAUAGGUCGGCGAAUGAACUGCAAUGUGUGUGACGACUUUGACCUUUGCUAUGGAUGCUAUUCUGCAAAGAAGUACUCUGACAGUCACUUGCCCACGCACAGCAUCACAGUGUACCCAAUGGUGACCAUUCGGAUCAGCGAUCGGCAGCGGCUCAUCCAGCCCUAUGUCCACAACUAUUCCUGGCUGUUGUUUGCAGCCUUGACUCUCUACAGCGCAGAUCUGGCAAAUGGGGAAGAAGUGGAAGGAGAACAACUAGAUUCACAGGUCCUCAGUCACGCCAGGGUUCUGCAACACCAGUGCAUCCAGCUCAUCGGAGACUGCCUGAUGAAAGCCCAGCACGGAAAAGGUCUGAAAAAUUUAGCUCUCCUCUGUAUGCUACCAGAAGGUGAAUCCUUCUCCGAGAAUGAUACCAUUCCAGUCAGUCCUCCCACAGAUGGUGCUGCAAAAAAACAUAUUGGCGAGAAAGCAGCGAAGGGAAGAGAUGAGAAGCCAAGCACAGGCUCCCUUAUGCUUUGCAAUGGGAAAGGAGAUGGUCACAAUGAAGCCCAUUCCUCUACAGAAGAUAAAGUAGUAAAACAAGGAACUGAAAGCAAUCUCGAUGCUCCCCUUGCCAAAAAGGCGGUUUUAAGACAAGAGUCAGAUUUGUCUGCAGAUGAUAACGUUUCUCCAUCAACAGGUGAUUGCCUCUCAGAAGAUUCAACACAGAAGCAAACAGAGAAGGUUUUAAUACCUAGCCAGGAACAAGUUUUUGCUGAAUGCUCUCAAAAGAGAAUUCUAGGACUGCUGGCAGCUAUGUUACCACCUUUUAAAUCAGGCUCCACAAUGUCUUUAAUUAACCUGGAACAAAUACUGCCACUGAUGUUUCAGGUUGUCAUCUCAAAUGCUGGCCAUCUAAACGAAACCUACCAUUUAACACUGGGACUUUUGGGCCAGCUAAUCCUGCGACUUAGGCCUGCAGAAGUGGACGCUGCAGUGGCUAAAGCCCUUUCAGCCAAACACAGUUUGUUUGCUGCAGGAGAUGGGUCUACAGUGCCAGAAGGGUGGAAGACAACUCAUCUUCUCUUCAGUCUAGGAGCUGUGUGUUUAGACAGUCGUGUAGGUCUGGACUGGGCAAGCUCCAUGGCAGAUAUUCUUCGAGCUUUGAACUCUUCUGCGCAGUGGCAUAAUGUGAUCGCUGCCUUCACUGACCAUUGCAUUAAGCAACUACCCUUCCAGCUAAAACACACCAAUAUCUUCACUUUAUUGGUGCUGGUUGGGUUUCCUGAGGUGCUGUGUAUGGGGACUCGUUCUGUGUACAUGGAUAAUGCUAAUGAGCCUCAUAAUGUGAUCAUCCUGAAGCACUUCACUGAAAAAAACAGAGCAGUUGUGGUAGACAUCAAAACCCGAAAGAGGAAAACAGUGAAAGACUAUCAGCUGGUUCAGAAAUGUGGCCAAGAAAGCAGCGAUUCCCAGACCCAGCUCAGGCAGUACCUGCAGCACUUUGUGCUUAUCUCCAGUCACCUUCUGCAAACCAGCAUGGACAGUAGCUACGCAGAGGCAGUGGAAGCAACCUGGGUCUUGUCACUCGCUCUAAAGGGACUUUACAGAACCCUUAAGACUCAUGGAUUUAAAGAAAUCCAAGCUGCUUUUCUUCAGUCUGGUUUACUCAAGCUUCUGGUGAAGAAAUGCAGCAAAGGAACUGGCUUCAGCAAGACCUGGCUUCUCAGGGACCUAGAGAUUUUGUCAAUAAUGUUGUAUUCAUCAAAGAAAGAGAUCAGUUCCCUGGCUGAGCGUGAGGAUACUGAGCUGGAAGAACGGGAACAAGAGCAAGAUGUGGAGCAACCCACUGUUGGUCCCACUGAUUUAGAGCAGAACAAACUUGACCCUCUGGAAGGUCUGGAUGAAGCCACCAAAAUAUGCUUCUUGAUGACACAUGAUGCACUUAAUGCACCUCUCCAUAUUCUUCGAGCCAUGUAUGAGCUGCAAAUGAAAAGAACAGAUUCUUUUUUCCUGGAAGUUCAAAAGAGGUUUGAUGGAGAUGUAAUUACAACAGAUGAGAGGAUCCGAACAUUGGCUCAGAAGUGGCAGCCCAGCAAGCGCCUGAGGUUGGAGGAACAGAGUUCAAAAGCAGUUGAUACAGACAUGAUCAUCUUACCAUGUUUGUCAAAGCCUGUGCUGUGUGAUAAAGCAACAGAAGAAACCAAUCCAGUGGCUCAGAAACUAAUAACCAACACAGAGAGUGAUCUGCAGCUUAGCUAUGCCAAGCAGCGUCGCACUAAGAGCUCGAUACUCUUGCACAAGGAGCUGGAUUCCAGAAGCAAAAAGGCUGUCAGGGACUACCUGUAUCGUGUGAAUGAAGCAACUGCUGUUCUUUAUGCCAGGCAUGUGCUGGCAUCGUUGUUAGCCGAGUGGCCGGAUGACGUGGCAAUAAAUGAGGAAAUCCUCGAUCUCAGUGGCCCAGCCCAUAUGACAUACAUACUCGACAUGCUUAUGCAGCUAGAGGAAAAGCAGUUAUGGGAAAAAAUUCUGCAGAAAGUGCUGCAUGGAUGCAGCGAGAGCAUGCUAGGAACCAUGGCGCUGACAGCUUGCCAGUUCAUGGAGGAACCUGGAAUGGCUGUCCAGAUGCGUGAAUCUAAACAUCCUUAUAAUAACAACACUAAUUUUGAGGAUAAAGUGCACAUUCCUGGUGCUAUCUACCUCUCCAUCAAGUUUGACUCUCAGUGUAAUACGGAAGAAGGUUGUGAUGAGUUACUCAUGUCCAGCAGCAGCGACUUCCAGCAGGAUCGGCACAGCUUCAGCGGGUCUCCGCAGAAAUGGACCGAUUUUGAGCUGCCAGGUGAUACACUCUAUUACCGAUUUACUUCUGAUAUGAGUAACACUGAAUGGGGUUACAAGUUUACAGUGACAGCAGGUCAUCUUGGAAGGUUUCAGACUGGGUUUGAAAUCCUCAAGCAGAUGCUGUCUGAGGAAAGGGUAGUUCCUCACCUCCCACUGGCCAAAAUUUGGGAAUGGCAGGUGGGGGUCGCGUGCCGCCAGACCGGGCACCAGCGUUUGAAGGCAAUCCACUUGCUCUUGAAGAUAGUGCAAUGCAGCGCCCAGAGGGACUGUGACCUUACCUUGUUGAAGCCACUUUGGCAGCUUUUCACCCAUAUGGAAAACAACUUGUGUCAUGAUGCGACCAAGCCUGGUAUCCUCCUUCCUCUUCAUCGUGCACUUGCAGAACUCUUCUUUGUUACGGAAAACAGAGUUACUGAGCUUGGAUCUCUACAGGAGUAUUUGCUUGCCUUAAAUACUGAAGACCAUCUUCAUCGCUGCACAGCACAGGCCCUGAAAAACAUUGCUGCUAUCAGCCUUGCCAUUAACUAUCCAAACAAAUCAACAAGUUUCUGGAAUGUUUAAUACUGGCUUAGGCCAGAGUGCAUGGGAUAGAGUAGUUUGUCCAUAGGAAUCUUGGAACAAACAUCUUAACUCCGUUCAGGAAAAGUUCCUUCAGCUUCAGUGUAUGAGCACUCUGCAGCCUUCCUUCCUUCCACCUUGAUGUAGAAUUUGUAAAAGUAAAAGCGCACUUCAAAGAAAAAGCACAUCUUGAAGUACUCACGCGUCGCCUACAGUUAUGUAUGCACAUAUUGUAGCAUGUUAGAGUAAACAGAACAAUAUUUUUUUUAUUCAAAGGAAGUAAACGAAAGAAGGUAUCUGAAGUAUGAGAAUGGAAGGCCCCAUGUUGGUAUCAUCUGCUCCUAAGGAAACUUGAUUGAUGGAACACGAGAGCUUUGAAAGUUUGCUGAACUUGGGGUGAUGCCAUCAGCAGAAUCCAUAUGUCACUGGAAGUGAAGUAGGCAAGCCAGAGUCUGGUAGGCUGAUGCAGAAAUGGUCCAUACUUGAAUCCUGUCAUGUUUCCUUUUGCUUUGAAGGCAUGGAGAAGCCAUGGAAAAGAACUUCAACUAAAUAUUAUUAAACUACAGGUUGUAAAAUAAAUUCUGGGUGAUUCACAGUUAAAGGAUUCCAGUUUCAGAGCAUCCUCAUACAAGAGGUUAAUGUUUCUCCCAUUCU